GGUUUUUAUUUAUGUUUUUGCAAAAUCUUGGACAAACCAGUCGACGCUAAACCGUUCGAAGAGCGAGACGUUUAUCGUGUAAAUUGUUUUUAUUCAUUACGUAAUGGCUUACAUGCAAAUCUUGUUGAUCGCUGCGUCCGUUGGCCUGGUGUGGUGUCAACGACCUUUCUUCGCGGGUUCCCGGCCAAUCGGAUAUCCAGAGGUGGAAAAACCAUCAACGACAGCGGAUCAACUUGGAAAUCGAUUUGGCGAAGGUACAACACAAAGAUUACCACUCGAGGCUCAAGGCGACAGAGAUCUUGUUGAUAGAUUGAGCAAACUACCACUGGACAAGCAGCCGUUCUGGCUUAUCAACUGGCAAGCCUUAGAAGCUCACAGACAACAACCGCAGUCUUAUCCGAUCAGACCUAAUCCAUUUGCUGAAAAUCCAUUUGUUCCCAAUAACUCAGGAAACAUCAAUCCGGGAAGUAACCUUGGUAACAGGAGUGGUGAUGCUAACAAAGAUACUUUAGCGAGUUCCAGUUCGUUUGCACCUCCGUCUACAGAAAAAGCCACUACUUUUAGUACAAUUGUCAAUACACUUAAAUCACAAGAAAUUGAUCCAAAACUAAAUACUUCAAAUAAGGAUGCGUUAGAAAAGAAGCUGUAAAAUGGUGUACAGUGAUAAUACUAAGAUCCCUACCAAUUUUUAAUUAUAUACGCCUUGGAAAUAAUGUAAUUUAACUGGAGUAGUACUCAAAAUAAUAAAUUUAUUAUACCUAUUU